GGAUCUCUGGCGGCCGGAUCACGUGGAGCGCACGUGGAGUGGAGGGCCGCGUCCUCGUCGAGACAACGUGAACGCAGCUGCCGAAGCGCAUCGCGUCUCUGUUCACGACGACGUCGUCGUUCGUUUUACAUACAGGGAAACCGGCAGUCAAGAAUCCAGACUAAUAUUUUAGUUGCAAGUAAAAGAUUGCAAACAUGCCAAUGAAGGGAGACUUAAUCUCUCAAGAUGCACGCUUUAAAAAGGUCAGCAGGGACCCACGCUUUUGGGAAAUGCCAGAGAAGGAAAGAAAAAUUCAAAUUGACAAACGUUUCCAGGGUAUGUUUAAUGAAAAACGCUUUAAACUUAAAUACACGGUGGACAAACGUGGUAGGCCCAUCCAGCACACGAGUAAGGAGGACCUCAAAAGGUUUUACCAGCUCUCCGAUUCUGAUGAUAAUGCCUCUGAUUCUGAAAAUACCAAGGAAGCCAAAACAAAACAAACUACAAAAGACGAAAACUCUGAAAGCGACGAUGGUGAUGAAGAAACAUCUGAGAAAAAGAGUUCUAUUAAAAAUAAAAAGAACCUCAUGAAGACACAACGAGCAAAAGAAAAGGCGUUGAUAUCUUCCCAAAAAACUGAGCAUACUGGACAAUUGUCAAGUACCACUUUUGGAAAUGCAGAUGUGAAGACAAACCAGACGCAGUCGGCAAUUGAAAAGGCAAAAAAAAUAAUUGUGAAGGAGGUGAAAUCUAACAAAAAGGGUGAUAUUUCAGAAUUGGAAGACGAAUCUGAAAAGUUUGAGGAUGCCGAAUUUCAUCGUGGUAGUGCGGAAGAAAAUGAUGACAAAGAUGCAGUGACAUCACGCGUGUCAAAGAAGGGUACACAAGUCGAUUCUGCUGAUGAUGAUGACGACGAUGAUGAUGACGACGACGAUGAUAGUGAACCAGACAUAGCUCGCGGUGUUGGAAAUAUGGAAUCAAGUUCAGAUGAGGAGGAUUUUGAAGAGAUGUUAAAUGAAGAACCAGAGAUGCUGGUAGAACAUGCAUGGGGAGAGAUUGGUGAAGAUGCACCACGUGCAGAUAAUGUCACACGACGUUUGGCCGUCUGUAAUAUUGACUGGGAUAGAAUCAAGGCCAAAGAUCUGCUGGUUCUGUUCGACUCUUUCAAGCCCAAAUGUGGUGUUGUCAUGUCUGUCAAGAUCUACCCAUCAGAGUAUGGCAAGGAGCGCAUGGAGCACGAGAAGCUACAUGGGCCUGCUGAGCUGGCAGAUAACACACUGCCAGAUGACAUCCAAGACUCCCAGCUCAAUGCCAAGGAUGAAGUUUUCCAAGAAAAAUUGCGCAAGUACCAGUUUAACAGACUGAAGUAUUUUUACGCUGUGGUUCAGUGCGAUUCACCAGAAACUGCCAAUGCCAUUUAUGAAGGCUGUGAUCGAAUGGAAUACGAAGCCAGUUCUUCCUUCAUUGAUCUCAGGUUUAUACCUGAUGGCAUGACCUUUGAUGAUGAGCCAGCGGACUCGGCUAUUGAAGUGGAUUCAGAGUCAUACAAACCUAAGCACUUUACUUCAGCUGCUCUUGGAAUGUCAAAGGUGGAGUUGACAUGGGAAGAAACAGAUCAUGAACGGGUCCAAACGCUCAUGAAAAGAGAUUUCACAAAAGACGAAAUAUUGGAAAUGGAUGUUAAAGCAUACCUAGCAUCCUCCAGUGAGGAUGAUGAUGAGGAACCAAAUGAUUUUAUUCAGGAGCCUCAACGGGACAUCGGUGAAGAGGAAGUCACGCAGUUGCAUGCGAAGCCAUCCGGAUCGGAAUCUAUGCCCCUGAAAAAAAAUAAAAAAGUUAGCGAGGAGGAAAUGAUUAACAAAUACAGGGAGCUGCUUAAGGGCAUUGACGAGGAAAAAACGGAAGAAAGGGACAUGGAGAUGGAGAUAACCUGGGUUCCAGGUCUCAAGGAAACGGCGGAAGAGAUGGUGAAGAAGAAGCUGGAAGGCAAGGAUUCUUUGACCCCUUGGGAGCAGUAUCUGGAAAAGCGUAAGGAGAAGAAAAGGCAGAAACGAGAGGAGAAGAAGAAACAUAAGGACGUGCAGACCCAGGAUUUGGUGAGUGAUGAGGACCUCCCUCCAGAUGUAGACCUCAGUGAUGAAUUUCAUCGAGAGGAACUCCAAGGAACAGAAGCAUCAAAGAAGGGAAAGAAAAAGAAGACAAAGGGCAAAAAGGAACAAGCAUUGACGUCAGAAGAAACUGUUGAAAGAGUUCAACAGGAGGCUGAACUGGCUCUGCUCAUGAUGGAUGAUGAGGAGGAGGAUAAGAAACACUUCAACUAUGAUAACAUUGUUGAUCAACAAAACCUGAGCAAGCGUAAGAAGAAGAAGAUGCUGAAGAAAAAAGAAGUGAUUGAAGAAGAUACUUUUCAGGUUGAUGUGGAAGACCCAAGGUUCAGUGCAGUCUACACUUCCCACUUGUUUAACAUCGACCCGUCGGACUCCAGUUUUCGGAAAACUAAAGGCACAGAGGCACUGUUAAUGGAGAAAGGACGCAAGCGGCGUCUCCAGGAAAAAGAGAAACUAAGUGGCCUCCAGCACCAAUCUCCAGAAGUGGAGGCACUGGCAGCAAAGGGCCUUGAUGAGAGAAAGGGAGUUGAUCCUGCCCUUUCAUUGCUCAUAAAAUCCGUGAAAAGUAAGACGGAACAGUUUCAUGCCAGCAAAAAGAAGAAGAUGUAAAGACCGUCGCGAUUGCAUACUUAGCUCGUAAAAACGAGGCAUAUAAUUAAACAAAACAUGGAAAACGAUAAACAAAUCCGAUACAUUUAAACAUUUGCAAGUUAUAUUCUUGGUUCUUUCAGUAAAGUCACGUAGAAGGGAAACAAAACAAUAAAAAAUAUAAAACAAUAAAAUUCUCACGACGUUUCGACUGCAACACAAGCAAUCAUCAUCAGGUGUGAAAACCACAGCAAGAAAAUUUGAAAGUUAUUGUUGGGUUUACAUACCAAGUAUUUUUUCAAAGCUGUGCAUCUUAAAGCAGUAAAAAAUGUAGUUUGAUUUGUCUUGUAAAAAUGUAUAAAGAUGCUGUAUACAAAUACAAGGAGAUUCAUUUGGGGGCAGGAUAAAUAUUACAUUUACAUGCAAAAAAGGUAACAAUUUUUAUGUUAAAUCGUAUAAUAAACAGAAAAUAUCAAAAUUGCAGCGUUUCUCUUAUUUCCAAAUGCUGAUUCAAAUUAUUCCACAAUCCGUGAAGGUUGGUUGAUCGUUUGCAAAUGCCCCCCCCCCACCCUUUAUAAUUCACUCGUGCAAUUCAUGGUUUUGCAGACAUCUUCCCAUUGGAACUUUGCCAAGAUGUACAGAUGCCCUUUUAGAUUUAUCUUUUUAUUUUGUAGAGGUGCCUGGGAGUGUUUACCGAUGCAGCGUUCUCCAUUGCUCGAGAUCAGUGGGAGGUUUUUGCUGUGUGGGAGGAAACUUGGGCAACAGAUGCGCAACUUCAAUCCGAAAUGCAAGUCUUUUAUGUCGACGGAAACCAUUCAAUCGACACGCCUGAUGGCGGAGCACAUCAAUGUGCAUUAAAUUCAUUGUCAAAACCUAUGAAAAACACACUUGAUUUUGUUUUAGUGAUGUCGAUGUGUGUGUGCAAAAGAGAGCAAAAGCUCUUGCAAAUGUUAUAUUCGGUCAGGUACAUGCAUAUUAUAUGAAUGGGAGGAGGUGGAAAUCUUUUGUAGAAUAAGGGUUAAGUAUAAGGAAAUAAAAAUCAAUUUAAAUAUUUUACGUAUUGAUAAAAAUGACCGGUUGCUGAGACAGGUGCAAUACUCCCAAGUCCUCGGCAAUAAACAUGCAUUGGACGACUGACAAGGAAAAUGCUAGUAUGUGAUACAUGCUCAAUUGUUGAUGAUACUUUCAUUUUUCAUGAUGGGUGUAAAUUUUUAAAUCCCACAUUAAAUUGAGAGUUUUCUGCAACAGCUGCAGGAUCUCUCCGAAGCAAGCAGUGACGAGGUGUGGCAUUGUUGCCAUCGUCUGUGACAGUCACUUAAUCCUUGAUGUCAUUGCUGGAUAAUAUCGUUGCAGCAUCGACGAAUGUGCAGUCAACAUUUUAAGAUCGUUACAUUGACACCUAUAUGCAAGAAUGGAAGGAGUAAAAUAUCGUGAUUUUUUUCGUAAAAAAUGUGCACUGCUUCCUAUGAAUGAUCUACAGUGCAAUGCAACAUUGCAUUGCGAAACUAAUUUUCACUCGGUGUUCGCAAAGAUGACCUGCUCAAACAAAGUCAAACAUUCCUGCCUCAUCCAGUAACCUAUCUGUGCAUGGUGAUGUAACUGUCAUUUUCUAUCGAUGUUCACACGCCCAAUGUGUUCACAUAUCCGUCUCGAGUCUCUCGACCUCAUUUCCCAGCGGGUCUCAUAUUCGACGUUGUACUGGAAGGCCACAGCCUACAUUCCUGGGGGCGAAAUGGACCUGAGAAAUGUCAAGUCGUCACGCGUUGGUGAGGGCAGCAGCUUAAAGGUUUUGGUGGAUGUCACCACAUAUAUACACAAUUACUUGUACAGAGCCUGCAACGAUGGUUUGAGUAACAUGUUUUAGCAAUGUAUGGCGGUGUAAGUAAAACAAAAUUGGGGUGAAGUUGUGGUCGAAGUAACAAAUGUGUAAAGUCACAUUUGCAAUUUGCAGUCUCGGAUUGAAGUACAGUACUGUAAUACGGUACAAUUAAACGUUAUUGGUUACAAAUUAUGCAUCGAAAAGAAUGUUAUAUUUGAAUAAGGCGUUACGAAGCGUGAUACGUUUAUUAAUUAAGUCAUGGUUUAGCACACAUGGGAUCUAUGUAGCUUGAUGGUAACUUGGGCCACAAUGAUGUUAGAAUGGCUUUUGACGUGUAUUUGUUUUACGCAUAAAGGAUUCAAAGGUAAAUUGAGUCGUCAGGUCAGUACCCCCACCAGCUAAGUUUUGACCUGCCAUUGGACCACGUGGGUUGAAUAGUUUGCCUUUGAGCGAGAAGCUUAAUUACAUGUUUUGUCCACUGUUAAUAACUGGCAGAGAGCUGUGAUGUGUUUAGUGGAUUCCUCCACAAAUCCAGCAACCCGAGUUUUAUUCCCGGCCAUGGCUAACAGCGGCCAGUGAACAUUUGAACCCGUGCUGCCAAGGUCUCCAUCCGCACACUCAGCGGCGUGGUAAAGUAUGGUCAAACAACCCCCCCGUGAUCGACUCGGGUGUGGAAGGCCUUGAUCGAGGAGUGGCUUGACAAAGACUGUAGACUGCAUCUGAUUGUACAACGUACUUGGGCAUUCAGUCGUGUAUUUACAAUGGAUCAAUAUACCCAACUCCGUGCUGCAUGGUUAUGUUUAACAUAUCUCAGUGCUGUUCAAAUGGAGCUCCUUGACCUUUAAAAAUAUUUAAAGAAAAUGUGUUCCUCUCAUAAGCCUUUAAAGCUUCUCCUUUGUUUUAAAAUGUGCAUGCAUGUACCAUAUCCAAAAAAUUCCAUGAAACUUUGAAAAUUCAGCAAGUCCCACUCAUCGUUUAUAUUUAGCUUUUGUGAUUUCCCAUGCAGGUCUUAAACAUGACCGCAUCUAUUCACGUGAAUGCAUGCAUAUUGCAAGACAUGUAGCCAGUUAUUUUGGACGAACCUCACAUUACAAUGCAAAUGUACCCAUGUGUGCUUGUAUUUCCAGGGCCUUGUACUAUGCUACAGUGAGUGGUGGUGUAGGCCCACUGGGGGCUAGCCUUUUAAUCUCUAAAAUCCAAGUGACAUGCAAAGAUAGACAUGUACUGCAGUGAGAUUCGAGAAAUGUAGACAAAAGUUAGAGAUUUGGCAAGAGUAGAUGGAUGGAUUUUAUGUUAGGUUCUUUAGAGGAUUAUGCUCAUUCAGAUUAGAAUUUAGCUGAUGUUUGACAAACGACUUUUUCAAUGAAUAUAGGGCCCCCUUGGCCUGAAGCCUUUGCUUGGUUUUCUUGUGUGCAGCGCCAUCAUUGUUUACAAGCACUGUAAAGUGUGAAGGCAAUGUUUCAAAUGUCAGUGUAGAAGGAAAUGUCAUGGAACAUAGUAUAUUGGCACUUCCUAAAGCUCAACCUCGACAUAGGAAAUAGAGCAUGCCAGUUCUGUGGUGGCUGUUUCUUUACAGGAGUCUAUGUUUCCAAGAGGGAACGGCCAAAGCAAGUUUACUGCAGAGUGGAUGCCAAAUACCUCGUGAAAAAUCUCAAUUCUAGGCCAUAUUUAAAUGAAAAUCUCAAAUUAUUUUAAAGACACGAGCAUUGUGUUCAUUUUUCGAUUUAAAGCUUUCGUGACUGCAGGGAUUAAUCUUCUUGGUUCUUUCGGUAAAGUCACGUAGAAGGGAAAUAAUAAAAAUAAUAAAAAGAAAAGAACCAAGAAGAUAUUGUGUUAAUAUUAAAUAUAUACGUAUUUUUUUAAGGUGUAAAGCUAGAUGAAAUGGCCCAGAAAAUAAAGGCAAAUGUAGAUGAGGACGUUCCAGAUACCACAGCAUAGGUUAGCACUGCCCUUCACAGUAUGAACCCAGGGAAAACUUCUGGACCAGAUGGGAAUAACUGGAUAUCAUCAAAUCAGCAGGACCAGCUGCUGGAUCAAAACUGGUUGACCUAUUUACUCAAUGUUUACAUAAAUUAAAUGGCACAAUUGUGUGUCAUGACGCCUCAAACCUUCUCUUCAAAGAGGGAGACAAAAAUGUGAAGCAUACAAGACCCUUUAAAUCCUCCAUCAUCAGCCAUGAUCAAUUGACUGCUGGAUGAAGGGCUUCCCGUCACCAGCUCUCACGAGACAGCAUAUACAGUGCACAUAUAACGUGUAACAUUUCCUGGAAAUAAUAAAAUGACAAAUCCAGUCGACAAAAAUUAUUGUUCUACGCUAAGAGCGCCGCGUUGGAUGUUGCCUGCUUAAAUUUAUCCUACAUUCCAGGCAAAAAAAAUGUUUUACCCCGCACAAAAUAAAGAUUGCGCACAUUAAUUUCAAA